CGCAUACUCAAUGCCUCUUGAAAAGUUCAAAAUGGCCGACGUCGACGUGGACUUUAUUAUGAAUGAAUUCACGAACAACUCGCUUCAUAUUAACGAAAUCUUCUUAUGAAAGAGCCCUUGCAAACGCCAUUCCAUGUGAAGAGGUUAAUGGCAAGUUUCCUCUGUGUUUCACACCACGACGUUCAGCCUGACCUGUCUACGUUGCGUUGAAGCAGAGAUCCCUAAAACAGCUAAGACCGAGCGGUACUUUCAGAUGUGAAUGAUGAGUCUGUUUGCAAUUGGACGAAGGUUCCUUCAUCUUUCAGUCAAGGCAAGUUUCAAUUCUCUGGCCUUACAGAAAGGUUUCUUUUUGAGGCGCCAAUUUGGAGACAUGUCUGAUCAAUCGUUCUGGAACAACUUUUAUGCGUGCCGCCAAGGUGAUAAAGUCUUCGAUUGGUUUGUGCAAUUUGAAGACGUUUGUGGACAUCUCCAGCCUCACCUACCCCCUGUUAGUGACAAGGACUUUACAAGGAUCUUAGAAAUUGGUUGUGGUACCUCUGAUUUCAGUUUAAAACUCUUUGAACACUUAAACCAUAAAUGCCGCAUCGAGUGUAUCGACUUUUCGCCAGAAGCGAUAAAAGCACUGAGGAAAGUAAUUCGUGAGCGAGGAUUUCUUGCCAAAAAGACACUCGAUGCGAAGGGGAGACUGGAAACUAACCUUGACCUUGACUGGACGGGAUUGGCGUGUCACAAGGCCGACGCUAAGAAUUUGCCGUUUAGAGAAGGAACGUUUUCAUUGGCUAUCGACAAGGGCACUUCUGAUGCAGUUUUAAAGGGACCCAAUGGAGAAAGUGCCUUUUUAGAAGUCGUGGGGGAAUGCCUACGCGUCUUGAAGCCACAUGGAAAACUAGUUCAAUUUUCAGACGAACCUCCCGAAUUGCGUUUAAAUGCAUUAGAAAAAGUCCAACGCGAAUUACCUCAAGCAGGCUUCACCACAUCUAAGAGCUUCAAGAUACGAAUUUCCUGGCGAGAACUGGAUGUACACUCUGGUUUUCAACACUUUCUGUAUGUUGUACACAAAGUAAACGCGGCAUAAAAAUGGUGGGAGCGGGUAGUUGAUUUGUUGAGGUUACUGCAAAGAACAAGUCUUGUACAUAGUGAUUUCAAUGGUAAAUCACUACUGACAUUCUCAAUUUCGCGAAGACAGAAGCAUACAUUACUUUCUUUAUAAUUAAUGAUAUGUCCCUCUCCUUGUGGUUCAGACAUUGUUAAAAUGUAUCAGCUAUGCACAAUAAACAUGGAACACAAAGAAAAGAGACCUCAGGGCCUAGUUCCUAGGCUCCUUAUUAAGUCGCGGUCAGAUCAAUGGGGUAUGAUGCGGUCAUUCCGUUAAAUGACGUCACAAAAUACAGUCGUUACCUAGUGUGCUGGUUCUGUCCUUCGGAUUGCGAGGUGAGCUGAUACUGUAAAUUGUGCUUGGGAUAAGUUCCCAGGAAUAGGUUCCCAGGGGUAUGUUCCCAGGGGUAAGAGAUACCUUGGGAACAAGGGUGGUUGACAAAAAGGUGUAAAUUUACCCAUUCCGUCUACGGGUUACGUUGCGCGCUUUUACGAGGGUGAAUUGAAGGUUGUUUACCGUUUACUCGGAAAAACCGGUUGUUCGACAGUUGUAGUAAAUGGGACGCGUCAAAUCCCGAAUGGAAAUUCCCACGGGGAUGAGCUCGUUCCAUUUUCACUUUUUUUCCCGGAAGACUGGAUCAAAGGCGAUCCAAGCCAUAAGGCCUGGAACUAGUAAAAACUAGCAAGUGUAAGGCACAUUUUCCAUUCGGAAAUUCCGUUUGGGAAUUUUUGUCUUGUUUUCAAGGAAUCCCGUUUUCCCGAGAAAAUUUCCGUUCGGGGAGACAAAAUUAAUCUCUCCAUUUACAUUCUAUCCGAA